CUACUUGUUUGUUUCUUACCAAACACCCCUUUAGUCCAAAAAGGGACCGCUUAGAUUGAAAGGAAGUUGGUGAAAUCCGGUUUUGAACAUUGUAGAGAUGACUGAGAGGGAGGGAGCAGGUGUAAGUGAAGAAUUGGUCUACCGCAUUAGUACGAUGGAGGAGUGGGAAUUGAUGCAGAAAACAGGCAGCACUUUUGGCGGGGACCUUGACCGAACCACUGGCUUUAUACAUCUCAGUAAGCUCGACCAGGUUCAAUCAACUUUGCUGAACUUCUUCUUGAAUGUUAAGGAUGAUUUGUACUUGCUGCAAAUCGAUGCUAAAAAGAUUUGGUACGAGGGAUAUAACAGAAUGAUAGAUGCAUGCCCGAUGGAAAUAGUUCCAGGCGUCCUUGCACUUGAGGGAUUGUGUUUGUGUGCUAUAAUAUUGACAUAUUAUUUGAAUCCAAAACUUUGUGGGACACUGAAUGGGAUAGAUGAUGUCAUAAGUAUUUGCUUUAUUUGUCUCCUUUGUUCUUUUGUUUCAUUUACUUCCUUUCUGUUGGUUGGUGACGCUGAGAAAAUAUGCAAUUUUGAUAGCUGAAAAACAGGGUUGUGUUGAAACUAAGUCGUUGCAGUAGUUUUUUACCCUUCACUCACGUUAACUGAUGAAACUAAGUCGUUAAGCUGCGUCAAAAACUAUCUCUUUGACCAAUUCGGCAGUGGUGACGGACAAAUCUGUUUUGAUAAUUUUAAAAAGUCGUCAAAAAUCUGAAAGAAAAAUGUGACAACUAUUAGUUGAGCAAGCAUAUUCUCAAUUUGUACUACCUUUUAUUUUUCAUUGAUACAUACUACUCUUUUCUAGUCAAGACGAUUGCCUUUCUAAGCUUGCACGAAUUUAUCAAAAUAAGCUAUAUAAAAAUGGGGAAAAGGUCAAAUAUGCCCCUAAACUAUUCGAAAAGGUUUAGAUAUACCUUUCGUUUAAAGUUUGGGUUUCUCAUGCCCUUACCGUCCAACUUGUGACCAAGAUAUGUCCUUAUGUGGUUAGUUGAUAUGUUUCCAAUUCAUUUUUCAUUUAUCUAAAUGUCACAUGGAAUUUGUGAUGUCAUUUGACCUUAACACAUGACAUUUAUAUGGAAAUGGAAAGAGAUUCGGACUCACAAACACCUAAUUCAACCCAUAAAUCAAUGACCCUUUUAAAUAAAUUAUCCAACUCAUUUUUAACAAUUU